CUCAAUACCAACUCAUAGAUGUCUGCCUCCUUCAAGCUUUCUGCAGGUCUGUGUCAUGGCGGCAAUCGCUCCUAGGCUGGUGAGGAGUUUCUCCUCCUCCGCUGGUCAUCUCCAGAUGAUCAAACCCCCUAUCCAGUUAUUUGGCUUAGAGGGACGAUAUGCCACAGCACUCUAUUCGGCAUCCGUCAAAGAGAAGAAACUGGAAGCCGUUGAGAAGGAGCUCCUCGAAUUUCAGGGCUUGCUGAAAAAAGAUCAGAAGUUGAAGGAAUUUCUACUUAACCCCACUCUCAAGAGGAACAUCAAGAAAGAGGCUCUUCUCAGUGUCUUCAAAAAGCAGAAUACUUCUUCAAUUUCAUCCAAUUUUUUUAAUGCAAUUGCAGACAAUGGGAGGAUGAAUAGGGUGGAAUCAAUGAUCAAUGCCUUCAAGACUAUUAUGUCUGCUCAUCGAGGUGAAGUUCAGUGUGAAGUCACCACUGCCAAGCCACUGGAUAAAGCAAUGGAACAGGAGCUCCAUGAAGCACUGAAGGGUUUCCUCAAGAGUGGUCAAAAGCUCCUCCUUCAUACGAAGGUGGACCCUUCAAUCAUUGGAGGAAUGAUCAUCGCAGUUGGGGACAAAUAUGUUGACAUGAGCAUGUCGUCCAAGAUCAAGAAGUACUUCGAUCUUAUUAGUGCAUCUGUUUGAUUUUUCUUCUAUUUUCCCUUCCCUCUUCAUAUCCUAGUGUCAGCAUUUCAGAUGUGACUCAAGUAGGGUAUUCAAGGAAUUAUAAAGAGUUGUCCAUAUGGUACUGUGC